AAAAAAACUUGAUACAGGAAUUUUGUGAAAUGGAUUGUGUAAUGAAGUAUUGUAGACAGGUCACUAGUUAAGCCUCAUAAAGCUAUUUUCGAAAACAAAAAAAAAUUUAUUCAUUUUUCCCAAAUGGAAAAUUUCAAAAGCUCAUAAAAAAAGGCACAACUUUUUUUUUCUCGUUCCUAUAUUUGUUCGAUGAGAGUGAAAAAAAAGGCAGUGUGAAGUGUUUUCGCAAUCGAUAACUGAAAGCAUUCAUUUUUUUAUGGUUAAAACGGAACAUCGAAUUAUUGGGAGAUACUCUUAAACGACCUAUCACUAUAAAAUAUCUUUGUGACGCCAAGUUAAUUGAUUUUUUUUUGCUUCCUUCUUCAUUCUUAAAUAAAAAAUCAUUGAUAGAUAAAUAGACAAGAAGGAAAGUGAGACGACGAUUAGUGACAUAGAAUAAUAAUUUAUGUGUACAGUGUUAAAUUAUCGAAUUUAUUUUAAAAAAGGCAAGGACGACGAAAAAAAAAAUAAGAAAUUUAUUUGAGAGGAAAAAAAUGGUUGUGAAAUGUUACACGAGAUGAGAGAGUGAGAGAAAGUGAGAAAGCAUGUACACACAAUGUGAUGUGCUUGAGAUAUCGUAAGGAUUGAAUAAGAGAACUUCCAAAAGGAUAGCAGCAAAUAACCAAAUAUUUAUGAAAAUCAAAAUAAAUGGAAGCAGAAGGAAUGAGAAAAAUCAACAUUUUUAUGUGCAACACAGUUUGGAUUGAAUUGAUUAAAUCUUCAAGAAUAUAAAAAGACAAAAAACUUUUUUCUUUUCCGAAUUAUUUUUUUUUGCAUCCUUUUCUUCUGUGAGAAUCAGCAAGCCCCCCCCCCCCCCAAAAAAAGAGAGAAAAUAGAAAGUUUUUUUAAAAGGAUAGAAAAGUGCCACACAAAGGCAAAGCAAAAGACACAAGAAAAAAUGUUUGGAAAUAGCAGCAGCGUCGACACAAAUGAGAUAAUAAAGUCAUUUGAUUCAAAUAGUGAUAAAGUAAUAAAUAGUAAUGAAGUCGCAUUCAGUAAAAAGGCACAGAAUCAAUGCGAUGCAGAUGAAAAUUUAUUUCUACGUUUUCUCGAGCUCGAUCCGCCGGUGCCGACAGACACACCGAAAGUGUUUACAAAGGGACGAACGCCUUUUACGAUAACAAAAAAGCUAGUUAAGAAUCCAGAGUGUAGCUAUGGAUUUUCAAUUGUUUGGACCCAUCCGCCACGUGUUGAGAAAAUUGAAUCUAAUUCAGCAGCUGAGAAGGUUGGCAUGCUUCCGAGUGACUAUAUUAUUUUUAUCGACAAAUACAACGUUGUUACAAUGCCAGAGCUCGAUAUUCUGAACCUAAUACGUAUACAAGGCAACACACUAACAUUAGAAAUAUUCCGAAGACACACACGGACAGGCAGCACAAAAUCAAAAGUUUUCUCACCGAAGCUUGUUUCAGGGAGAAUGUCAUUCAAUCAAGACAUGUCAACAGACGAUGAGAACUCAGUUAAGCCAUCAAACAUCACCAAAACCAUUGUUAUACCACCUUCGACAACAACAGUAGCUGUUACUAAUUCUAAUGUUUCACUCGAGAUAACCAAACGUCGAUUAAGAUUACCGCAAGUGACUGGUGCAACUAGUAAAGAGUCAAUUACCACAACAAAUCAAAAUCCAGAGAGCCUAAGGAAACGCUAUCUCAUUCAAUUAAUGAAUCGUGAACAACAUUUUGUUAGUGCUAUAAAUUUUGGCUUAGAACGUUUCGUUCAUCCGCUUCGUGAUAGAAAAGAUUUAAUAUCAAUUAGUGAUCAUCGGACACUGUUUCAAAAUAUUGAUGAAUUAAUGCAAUUAUCGGAAGAUAUACUCGAGCAAAUUCUACAGAAUGACCAUGAUCCGCAAAUGCAUUUUGCAUCGCGUGUCUAUUUGUCGAAAUCUUUGGCGUUAUGUGCAGCUUACAAGAGAUAUUGUAGUGGACUUAAACGUGCUGACUGUGUAUUGGUUAACAAAUCACGAACAUGUAAUAGUGAAUUUAUAACAUUCCUUAAUGAACCCCCGGUACCCAAGAAACGGCCAGACAUUACAACAUUUAUUCAUCGACCACUCCAACAUUUUCGCGAUAUUUUAAAAUUACUGCAACUUAUUUCGUCCAACUGUCCUGGUGAUAGUGAUGAGAAUAAGAAUUUUACAAAUGUCAUUAAUGAGCUGCAAGCAGCAUAUCGUGAGAUAACUGUCAGUGGAUUGAUGGAACCUGUAGGAGAAGGUCGACCGCUUUUGUCACUUCAAGAUUUGGAGUCACGACUCGUUUUUACAAAAUGCAAACCAUUCACAUUAGCAAUUCCUGGUAGACAGUGGAUAUUUGGUGGAGAUUUAUCAAGAAUCGAUGGACGUUCAAUUAAGCAAUUCUGGACAUUGCUCUUUAGCGAUAUUAUUUUAUUUGCAAAAGUUAGCCGUGAUCGUGUUUUAUUUAUUACUGAUGAGCCUUUGCCUUUAACAAAUAUUGUCGAUUGUAUUUUUAAUGUUAAGAAAAAGACUAAUGAAUUUCGUCUCAUAAUUGAUCCCAGUGGACAGGCAGCAAAAAGUCCAAACGUUAAUUGCACACCGGAUUUAUCAAGAACUCCUUUAAAAAGUGUUAAAAGGCGCACAAUAAUCCUCCGUUCACCGUCUAUAGAACUGAAGGCUGUUUGGCAAAAUUUGUUAACACGUCAAAUAUUCAUUGUUAAUAGUACAUUAGGCUCAUCACUUAACAGCCCUUUAGAGUCACCCGACGUAAUGGUUUCUCAUUUAAAUAUAAAUGAUGUAAAUUUAGGUGCUCGUUCGAUGGGCGCUUCCAGUAGUAAAAUGUGCUCUAUCGAAAGUUUUAAUAUUCAACAACAACAAAAUUUACAGCAGCAGCAACAACAACAACAUCAACGACAUCAUCAGCAGCAAAAUAGCAAUCAACAGACGAAACAGGACCGAAAUAACAACAGUAACUCAUUAAAAUUUGAACAGCUACAGGAUUUGAAAGAAGAAAGGUCAGAAUCACCGAAAAUAACGAGACAUUUGGAGAAUUUCAUUGAUGAAAAAUGUAGUAUGUUGAGUAAGAGUGGCGUAUCGAAAGAAGGCUCGGUUCAUUUAGCGAAGUGGAUAAAGGGGCAGUUCAGCCACAACGAAAGAAUACCAGAAUUUGAUGACGACGAAGCAAAUCAAGAUUGGAGCGCUGAGGAAGUUGAGAAAAGAUCAAAGGAAUUGAGAUUGAUGCACGAGAUAAAGAAGAUUGAUGAGAAUCCAAGUGAGGAUGAGCAACAAAGUACGUCAAAGAGUACAUCAGAUAGUCAAAUAACAGUCCGAUCAAGUCCAAUAAAUAACAAUAAUAGCAGAAGUGAUAGCAUGUCCAUAUGUCGACAAUGCCACAAAUUCUGUAAGAAGAAAAUGCGAGCGUCAUCAUCAAUGAACGACAAUAAUAACAAUCAAUUAAAUCAAUCUAAACGUGAUUCAACAUGUGAUUCAAGUAGCACAACAAUCAAGGAGGAGAUGACAGAUAAUGAUACGUCAACGGAUGAUGUCAAGGAGAUGAGAGCAUCACAGACAAUGGUGACGAUAAAAAAUUGUCCCACACCUGAGAUACCAGAAGCUAUACUUAAGACAUCACAGUCAUCUCCAUCUGCUUUACAGACAUCGCCAAGUAAAAAAUCAGGAAAUCGAAAAAAUGUCUGCAUCUCGACGAAAAAUAAAAUAGAGAAUGUGGCCAAUGGACUAUGUAAAUGUGAAUGCAAAGCGAAAGAUUUCGAGAAAACAACAAUCAGUCCGGAUGAAGUAAAGUAUGAGAUCGUAAAAAUUCUAAAAGAUGUUGAUCAAAUAACAAAUCGAAUGUCCCUCACCGAUUCAGCGAGUUCACGGUCAAGUGACUCACCAUACCUAACAUACUCGAGCAUACGUGCAAAGACUUUACUUAGUAAAUAUAGCUUUUUAUAUAACAAUAAUCAUAUGACAGCAGCAGCUAAAAAUCAGCCAUUAAACAUAAUUAAAGAAACAAUGAUUGGUGCUCAACAAGAUAAUGCGACGACGAAUGAUAAGACAACAACAAUAGAACAGCAGCAGCAGCAACAACAACAACAGGAAAAUAAGACUGUAACAUCAACGGCAUCGACAAAUACAACAAUAACAAAUAUUAAUGACAUUACGGCUAUGAUGAUGCUAAAAAAUAUUGACGACGACGAGGACGAUGAUGAUGAGGAUGAGGAAGAAGAUGAAAUCGAUGGCGGUAAUGGAAAUGUUAAUAUCCCAUUGAUGUUAAUUAACUUAGCACAAUCAAAUCCCAUCACAACCAAUUGUAUCCCAGCAAUAUCAGUGCUCCCACCCACUCCCGAUCCCAAGAAUCAACACAAUAAUCAGUUUAAUCUGACGAAAGAUUUAGAGAUAACAAAAGUAAACAGUAUUAGUAUAAAAACUGAGAGCAGCUUCGAUUCAGUUGAGGAUGAGGAGGAGGAGCCACCAUAUGUGAAACUUAAGACAAGUUUACGUCGUUUUGGCACAAUGUCAAGUUUAGAAAGAUUACCAUCAGAGGAUACGGAUGAAAAGACUCUCAAUUCAUCUGACGAUGAUUCAAUUGAGGACAUAAAAGUUUCUACGACAUUAAUUAAAGACUUAAGUGGUGAAAGUUCAACGCAAUCCUAUCGUACAUGGACAUCACGUGCUGGAUCAUUUCUGGAAGAGUCAAAAGCAUUUAUUGAUAAAUAUUUGGGUCGUACUGAUGGAUAUUCCGACUAUGUGUAUCUUAAAAACGACUCAAAAGAUCCAAAUAAUGAUUUUGAUGAAUAUGAGACAGUUGAAGGGGAGAUGACGUCUGGUGAAGAAGUUUGGGGUACACCGACAAGUGGAGGUGAAAAUGAUGAAAUGCACAUGUUCAAUAAUGGCGACGAUGGUAAUCAAACGUCCCCCAAAUCGUCAUCGGGUGACGAAGAUACUGAAAUUAUGAUGGACGAACUUCUUAUGGCACCAAUGAUGACGGCUAGUAAUAUUCGAGGUCUAUUGCCUAGGAGAAGACUAGAACCGUUGUUUGAAGAAGAUACAGAUAGUUGCGAUUCGAAUAACGAAAAUAGUUUAUUGAACAAUAAAGAGGGGGAAAGAGCCGAAAAAAAUAUCGAAAAAUAUCCAAGUUCGCAUACUUCAAUCGAUUCAGAUCCAACGCCAUCAAUCGACGACGAGGAGAUUAUGAAUAUGGAGGAAGAGAUGAUGUCACCGACGACGAGAUUAGCACAACAGGAUGUGAUGUCACCUCUGGAGGAUUUGGAACUGGACGGGAUGGAUGUGGCGAUGAUGAGCGAAGACGAAACACUCAAGACUACGACACCGGUGGAAACUUUUGGCAGUGUUGCUGACAAAUCUGGUGCGUGUGCCCUAUUCUCACAGACCGAAAAGAAAGACUAUCGAAAUCAUACAGGAACUGCCGAAGCAGCUCAACACGAUCAUGUUGUGGAUCAAACAACGCCAACAACAAUGCCAAAUCAAAUACAAGCCCUUCGAACGUCCCGAUCGCUCGAGAUGCGAUUAGCGAUGAACAACGACAUUUUGGGGGACGAGGAUCUAGUGAGUUACAUACCGGGACCAAAUGUAGCAACAUUUCUAGUCGGUCGAGACCUCUCUUCAUACCACAGAAUGAGUGGCAGGGAUAUAAUAAUGAAUCGGAUAAUGGAUCGCAGGGAUACUUCACCCCAACCGUCGAGGACGUUCAGCCAAAACGAAAAGAGGAACGACCCACUGAGCUCUUACUCUCAACAAAAGAAUUCGAAAAUGGACACACCUAUACUAAAUCGCAAGGCAAAACAACGUAUUUGGAACAGUUCUGGGUUUGUGCAAAAAGACGAAAAGACAGUACUAUCGGAUCUGGAAAAAUUAGCGAGGCGAGAAAAAAUCUAUUGCAUGACUCAACAGUUUCAAAGCAGUGAUAGUGAAUCAUCAAGUCAAAUGGCAACAUCCAAUAAAGCUAAUAGAUUAUUCAAAUUGUUGAGAAGAAAUUCUGAUAAUUUUGCAAGCAAAGGAAAAUUACAGCCAACGACAACAUUAAAAGAGCAUAAUAAUUAUAGUAGCGGAGAUGAUUCAUCAUCAAUUCACAGUGGGCAAUCAAGUUUACUGAAUAAUAGUAGAUAAAACACUCUCAUUAGACCGAAGAUUUAUAAAACAACUCACAAAACGACGAUCAAACUCAAUAUCAGAUUUUUCGUCCAAAACAAAGUAGAAAUUCGAAUCCAAAGUAAAAUUUAAAAAAAUGUCAAAGAAAUAUGCAUAAAUAAUUAAUUAGUUCUUCCUACAUAAUUAAACAUCAUUAAGAAUACUCAAAAAAAAUUAAUUAAUUAAAAAAAGUUUUUAACUUGUGAUUCUUGUAAAGAUUCAUGAUCCAAAGUAAUUAUUCGUCCUAAGCAUGUUUUUUCUUCUC